AGGUAUAAGCUGAGAAAGAGAGCUGUGCUUCAAUUUCCGUUUGUUGCUACAAUGGUCAGAGUGAUAAAAGAGUGUGGUUUCCUCUUCAGCAUGUGAGAGCCGAUGGGAGCCUCACGCUAGGAAAGGCAGAUUUCUGACUUUGUAGGUCAGCCUGUGUCUGAAAACACAGCCAUGUUCUGAUGGCGUCCUCUGCUCGGCUUACCCCUUCCCCAGUCCAUCCCAGCACGGAGCCUGAGAGUGAGACCCUAAUGAUGGGAAACCCCCCAGAAGACGGCAGAAACAUGGAUCUCUCCCAUAAAUUAUCUAAGAGAGAGCUCACCCUGCUGUAUGAAGAGGUCCUUUACACCAUUCUCCAUCGUGUGGGCCAAGUGGAACAGAAUCAUGUUACUGAUUCAGAUGAGCUCUAUGAAUAUGUGCAAAAGGCCUUCAGUAUUGAUCCAGGACAACAUCAAAUUAUAUUACAGAGGGUCAAAGAGCUAGAGAGGCCAAUUUUUUGUCUUAAAGCCACUGUGAAGCAAGCCAGAAAUAUUCUGGGUAAAGAUGUCAGUGGAUUAAGCGAUCCAUACUGCCUCCUAGGGAUAGAAAGAAAAAAUCAGGGCUCUUCAGACCAUGGUUCUCAUGAGAACAAAAGGCGAUCUAAGGGUGUGGUGAAGAACCUGCUGCCAGAGGACCAGACUCAUCGCACACAAGUCAUUCAUCAGACAUUAAAUCCAGUGUGGGAUGAAACCUUCAUUCUGGAGUUUGACGAUGUAGAAAAUGCCGAAUUCCAGCUAGAUAUGUGGGAUUUUGAUGCUGUUGAACCUGUACGGCACAAACUGGAAGAACUGAGUGACCUUCGUGGCCUGAAGAGAAUUAUUAAGGAUGCUCGGAAAAAUAAAGGGCAGGAUGAUUUCCUGGGGAAUGUGGUCAUUCAUCUGCAGGACCUGCAUUGUCGAGAGGAUCGCUGGUACAGGCUGGAACCUCGUACUGAUACUUACCCCAACCGAGGGCAUUGCCACCUGCAGUUUUUUUUGAUACAUAAGAAGAGAGCUACUUCGGCCAGCAAGACACAGGCAAGUUACAAAGUUCAUCGACAACUUCUUCAGCAGGUUGUUUCAUAUGAGAUUCUUCAAUACCAGGCUGGCAGCACUUCCUGGGAUGGAGAGUUAAGCAAACAUGCCUGUACUAUCCUGUAUUUACAUGCUACUCAGAAAGACAUUUCAGAUUUCCAUCAAGACUUGGCGCACUGGCUGGCUUACAGCAAGCUGUAUCAGUUCUUGGAAUUCAACAGCAGCUGCUUGCUCCAUCAGAUUACCAGCAUAGAAUAUCAGUGGAUUCAAGGCCGGUUACGAUCUGAGCAGACAGCUGAAUUGGCAGACUCUUUCCGGUCCUUACUGAACUAUGGGAUUUCUCUUCUUCAAAGGUUCCGGAUUGUCUUCCCACUCUCCUCACCCAAAUCUACACAGAGGCUGCAGUCGCUGCUCAGGGUUUUGGUCCAAAUGUGUAAAAUGAAAGCUUUCAAAGAACUUUGUACUCCAACUCCUGAUCUUGAAAAAAUGGUAAUGGAGGCACUUAAGAUUGGAACAGCAGAGUGGUUUUACAUGAAGAAGCAGCACUUGAAGCCAAUGGUAAAGACAAUGGAGGAAUGUGGCAAAGCUCUGGUCUGUCUACUUCUGGAGGUGAAUGCAGAUCUCCAGGAGUGUCACAGAACCUGGAACAAAUAUUUCAUCAGCACCAUGAGACUAGAUCUUUUCUCAAUUGCAUAUCUUAAAAUGCAGGAACUGGUUUCUUGUUAUGUCCAAGAACAGCUGAGCAAGAUUGACAGUGGCAUGUCCCAAUUAACAGCAGAGAGCCUUUUCCAACUUUAUCUCAGCAUGAAGGACUUCUAUCACAUGAAGGAUUUGGUGUGCAGCAGGGAUACCCCACUUGCAUUGACUGGUUUCCACCUAUGGUUUAAAGAAGCCAUCCCCUUGUGGCUACAGAAGACCUACACAAUAGCCCUAGAAAGAACCCAAAGAGCCAUCCAAGUUGACCAGUUGACACCACUGGGAGAAUUGAAUAAACACAGCACAUCCAUUGUUGACUUAUCCACUUGCUAUGCUCAGAUGGUGAAGACAUGGCAACAGCUGGAUUGGCCUGAUCCUGAGGAGGCCUUUAUGAUCAUGGUGAAAUUUGUUGAGGACACGUGUAAAAUUGCUCAGAUGUACUGUCAGAUGAUCAAAGCAAGGGCAGAGGAAUUGUCUUCCAAUCAAAGUGACGCAGGACAAGCAGCAAACAGGCUCUGUGUUGUGGUGAACAACAUUGAGCAGCUCCGGAUGAUGAUCCUGAAGUUGCCCAAACAGCUGAAUUGGGCAUUCUUGGAACAGAACACUGGACCUGUCAUUACCCCAGAGCAGAUCCAGCACACGCUGCAUCAACAACUUCAGGCUUCUGUUUCCUGCCUCAACAAUGAGAUCCGAGGAGUGGUGAAGACUCUGGCGACUAAAAUGGAUGCUAGAAUUGCCCGACACAUCCAAGAACUAUCUGUUUGCAGUGACUCUGAUAACCCAGAGAAUUGCAUCACGCCUUUAAUGAGAUUCUUGGAGUAUGAGUUUCAGUAUCUAAAUGUGAACCUGGUCCAGGAGAAUUUUAACAGUCUUCUGGAGCUUCUGUGGAAUCACACCUUGGACUUGCUAAAAAACGCUACAAAACAACAAGUUGGAAAAUUGGACUACUUUAGGAGAUUUCAGUUUGCCCUCCAGAGCUUGGAACUUUGCUUUCAUGGAGAAGGUUGUGGACUAUCCAAAGAUGCCCUUCACACACCAGCUUUUAUAGCUCUGGAGAAAGAGUUGGAUCUUUGCUCCUCCACCAGCAGAAAACUUAUUGAAAAGUAUUUCAGUGCUCGAAUCCAGCAACAGGAAGAGGCCACUCCUGAAAAAUAUGGUGCUGUGACUAUCAAAGCUUUUUACCGUCACUCAGAACAAAAACUGUACGUUGAAGUACUCAAUGCCGUUAAUCUCCUUCCCCUAGACUCAAACGGCCUAAGUGAUCCCUUCAUCCAACUCACUCUGGAGCCACGUCAUGAGUUCCCUGAGAUUGCAAUACGGACAACUGAGUGCAUAAAGAACAAUCUCCAUCCUCUGUUUGACGAAGCCUUUGAAUUUUUGGUUCCUCCAGAAAAAUGUCAGCAAGAUGGAGCAUGUCUGCUACUUACAGUGUUUGACUAUGACACUUUGGGAGCAAAUGACCUGGAAGGAGAAGCUUUCCUCCCACUCUGCAGGGUCUUGGGGCUGAAUGAGCCUGAAGAAUCAAUCAACCCAUCCAGAGUACCACAGAUCCGUUUAUCUUUAACUCAUCCUGGAACUGCUGGCAAUGACAUCCUGAAGCUCCUGGGGACCCGCAAAGGAGACAAGGAAGCACAGGCCUUUGUGAAGCUACGCAAACAAAGAGCAAAGUAUUCCAAGGAACUGGCAUGAUGCAGUCAAGCAAAAUGGGUGAAAGCACAGGUUGAACCAAGGAGUCUGAAAAGAACGAAAAGAAGGGGAACAUCAGAAGCUACUGCAGGCUGUUGUGAGCUGAUCUAUGCCCAUCAUUAUGUGUGCAAUGCACCCUGCUGGGAAGAACCAGGCUGCUUGAGUAGUGAAGCUUGUGAUGAGCCUCUUGUGGACCUUCUGCAGGAAUUCUUUACUCUGUGCUCCAGAUGGCACUGGAAAGGGGCUCCCAAGGGAAAGGAAAUAAACACUUUGGAGGAGAAAAAAUGGGUGUGUUUUCUAGCCUCUUACAGAGUCUGGGACUGCCUUCUGCUUAAGCAGCUUGAUUUAAAAAAAAACACAACCCUGAAAAGCUGCUAGUAACAGCUCCCAGGUCUCUUUAUAUCCAGGGCAUUGUUUUCAUAAUUGCAAAGGCAGCUCAGCAAGGUCUGAAAAACCCUUGUGGUUGAAAGCAAGGGAUGGAUUAAUAAUUAUUGUACAAUCCUCUCCUCUACCAACGGUACUGUUCUUGCUAUAGCUAUAACCUUAUAGUUUUCUCUUAGGGGAAUCACUGGGGCCUGAGAUGACACAUGUUACAAAAGCAGAAUUUUGGAGGAUGAGGACAACAAAAUGUCUUUGCUUCCACAGCAUGAAGGAAAAGUCAUGCUGCUGUGACUUAGUCUCAGGUAAAUAAAUUCAGGAGCAUGAAAGAAGAAAAGUAACAAUAUUGCAGAAAUACAUUUCAGUUUUUCAAAGUUUGUCAUUUCCCCCCUGUGCCGGGACCCAUGUUGCCAUGGCAAUAUUACAGCUUCAGGUGCUCUUCCUUCUGAGAGGGCCCAUUUUCGUGCCCAAAAUUAAACAAGGUUUCCAUUAAAAAAAAGAAAAAAGAAAAUAACUAAAUAAAGUUCUCAGUUGGUUUUUUUCCUCUCCCAUCGGACUACAAAAAAACUAGGGCAUGUUGUUUCACCAUGUGAGAAAGUAAUCUAGGCCUCAGGAUUAGGGAAGAAGGGGGGUGGGGAGUUCAAAGCCUCAUGAUGGCUGCUUCAAGUAUGUUGAAGCUGUCAUACUUCAAAGAUUUUUCACAGGAUUAGAAAACAGCAUUGCAUAUUUGUAGCCUUAGGUCGAGUUCCCUUUAUCCUCUCCACAAGAGUGUAGAUAUGGCUACUCAGACCUGAAAUGCAUUUAAGGUUAUUUAAACAUUCCUAGCCAUAAUUAGAGCCCAUUUCUCACUAAUAAGAUUUAGGGAGGUUAAAAUGUAUUGCUCUGAACCACUUAUCUGUGAAAGGCACUGGAGGCAGUUUUGCUUCCAGACAGACCUGCUGCCUAAAUCGCUACAGAUGUAACCCAAGCAGAUGUUACUAUUUUUCUGGGAAUAAGCAUAGCCUAGCAGGCCUCUUCUGAUUCAGGGGCGAGCAGAAGUGUGGAGAGCACUAGUUGGGCCUCAGGGUUCAUACCGCUUAAGAGUCAACUCCUUACUUGCUAAAUCUGCUCCUCAUAAAUAAAUCUCUUCAAGCUAAGGUCACAGCUGUGCAGUGCAGGUGUGACUUCCAUAACUCAUAUGCUGGGCGAAAUGCUUACCUUUAGGUGGUCACCAUCCCACGCUUACUUAUUGUAAAAAUAACUUGUUCCUGCUAUUUAAUAUUUCUCUGCCAUUGGUAAGAUACUGAUUGUACUAAUUGUAUUUUUGUAUCUUUGCCAACUCUGUGACAUCCUUACUGAAAAGUUCAAUCAGCAUCAAUAGCUUUAAAACAAAAGUGUUAUCAUACUAGGUGUUUUAUUUGCCAUUUCUUUUGAAAAUAUAAGACAUGUGCCCCAUGGGAUCAUUGUUCCAGAGAGAUUUCCUUAUCUAAAAGAGAAACAGAUGACUGACCAAGGGCAGGCAAAAAAGCAGUGGGAGCAGUAGCAACUUCUGAUUUCUGCCAGCUUCCCCAUUGAGUCUCCUUGAGGAAAUCUGGCAGAGAACACCAGAAAUCUUUAAUCCCUUCCCUACCGUAGCAGGCAGAUAAUGACUGUUGCUGGGUGGAGUAGGGAGUGAGGGAUUGUGAGAUUGGCUGGGAAACUGUCAUUUUCAACAUACUGUUGAAAAUGAAGAUCACACAACCACAGUAGCAACCAGUAGCAAUGUAACAGCCAAAAUUUCCCCAAAUUUCAUUCUUUAGGAAUCAUGGGUCCCAGAUUUUGGAUGCAUUCUGUAAGUAAGCCCAUUUGGAGUACCUUGGUUCAAGAAUUGCCGAAAAUGCAUCAUUUUAUCUAAAAGAUAUGUGUUUUAGUAGGAUAUAGAUGGAUUCACUGGGUUGCAACCCAUUGAUUAUCAUCUUUAAUGUGCCAAGAGACUUACCACUACUUAUGAUACGUGUAUAUGAAAAGUUAAGACUCUCCUUAGCCUCAAAGUGAUUCAACUUAUGCUUAACAUGAUUUCAUUUUCAAUUCAGCUGUCAGUUUACCUUGCAUAGAGAAAUCAAUUUCAGGCUGCUUUGAUAUAAACCACCAUUCUGAAUAAUUUAGCCUUUAAAACAAUGAUGCAUUCCAGAUAAUUUAAGAAUAAAUUAAAUAGCACUGCAGCCAUUUGAUCAUCUGUCAAAUACAAUACCUCUUACUGAAUGAAAAUGUUAUCAAUAUGUGUAACUGCUAUGUCAUCUUUAAUCAAUUACCGAUUCCUAAGAAAGACAUCCUUCUAAUGCAUGAAUGCUUGGUUUAUGCAGGAGUUUUUACAGGGAAAACCUGUCAGAAAUAUUUUGAAAAGCCAAUUGUUUGAGGUCUUAAUGGGGAGAAAAAUUCUAAUGAACAGAAACUUUCCUCAGGCAAAGAAAUGAUGCUAAUAAUAUGGUUCCAUCUAUAGACUGACCUGCCAUGACAUUAUUAAUCCUAGCUGACUUUUAGGCCAUGAAGCCUAUCAUUUGUUCUCUCUGCAGCAAUUCCUUGUAAAAAAUUAAUGCUACAAAUAUCCAGUGCAGGUGAUUCUAGGAAUGAGACCAGGGGAGAGAGGGAAGAUGUCCUCCUUCUCUGCCCUCCUCCAUAAGGAUUUGCCAGAGUUUUGGGAAGACAAUAAGUUUGUUCCUCUAAUAGUAUGGAUAUCUCAUUUUCACAUCUACCUUGAACCAAUGAUUUUCCUUUUUUUUUUUUAAAAAAAAAAAGUCAGGUUGGAUUUCUUUUCCUCAGCCAUAUAACAACCAGAUAUGUUGGAAUUACAAGUUCCAGAAACACCUGUAAACACAAUCAUGACAGUUUGGCGUAAUGAUUAAGAUAGUAGGCUAGAAAUCAGGAGACUGAGUUCUAGUACGGCCUUAGGCAUUAAAAUCAGCUGGGUGACUUUAAGACAGUAUUUGCUCUCAGCUCAACCCGCUUCACAAGAUUAUUGUUAUGGGAAAAAGGAGGAAGGAAUAUUAGGCAUGUUUGCCACCUUGAGUUAUUUUUAAAGUAAUAAAGGCAGAAUAAAUAAAAGUCAAAUAAAUGAAUGCUCCCUUUCAUUUGCAAUGGCACUAAGAAAAAGUUAGGGACCAAAACGAUUGAUAUCCAGCUACUUAAGAAAUGGAGUCAAUACUGUCCUGCUUCUUUCACGUUGAGAAUUUACUUUAAGAAUUGCAACUGCUCAAUAGGAAAUAAGCAGAGCCGUGGUAUUCUGACCUGCUGCAGUCCUAGCUUUGAAAAUGUGAAACUAUUAUAGAAACAACUCGAUAAUUUCAUACUAAUUUUGUAGUGUCUUGUGGUAUUUUUAAUUAGCCCUAUCCUGUUUAUGGAGAUUCUCACUCAUUCAGGUCAUGGUUGUCCCAAAGGUGCUUUUUCAAGAGGCAACUGGGCUUUUUUGUUUUUCUUUGAAGACAUUUCGCUUCUCAGAACUGACAAAGCUUUUUGGAUGACAAGUGAAACGUCUUCAAAGAAAAACAGAGUCCAGUUGCCUCUUGAAAAAGCACCAUUGGGAUAGCCCUAUUCUGAGCUAUCCAUCUUACAUUUAUAAUCUCCACAAACCCUAUUCCAUGAACUAUAUUUACUAACACAGAGUGAAUGCCCCAUCGUCCAAUUAGCCACCAGCUAUUCUUUGCCUUGUAUGAAAUGGGACCAUAUUCAUCCAAAAAUGAAUACCUUAAAUCUAAGUCUUUAUAGACAGAAAUAUAAAGACAAUCUGGACAAGUGUAAAUACAAAUAUUAUUAGGGAGUGUAGCUCAAUCCAGAGAAAGUUACUGUACUGCAUCUAAUUUUACUUGCUCUCAGGUUAUUUAUGAUUGAUUUAUCCUGCUGAUAUCAGUAAAUCUCAGUAUGAUUACAUUUAUAAUUGCUAAAUUUCUAUGAUGGAUCCUUCAGUUUUAAAUCCCAAUCUUAAAAUUAGCAGAAUUAUUUAAGCAAGUAUUGUCCAGCUCAUAUGAAGAGACAGAUAUUACAGUACAGCAAUCUGCUAAUUAAAAGGCCUGCGUUUGUUCAAAAGUAGCCUGGCUAGGUGACUCAGUGACUAAGAUGCUGAGCUUGUCAAUCAGAAAGUUCGGCGGUUCGAAUCCCUAGUACAAGUCUCCUGCGUGAGCAGGGUGCUGGACUAGAUAACCUCCAAGGUCCUUUCCAACUUUGUUACUGUUAAGUGAUGAGAAGAAAAAUGGGAUAUCAGACUGGAACAAAGAAAUGUGAAAAAAUCCUGGUUAAUAUUGUUCGAAGUUUUUAACACCAUUAUUUACAGUUAGAUGUUGAAAAGCUGCUUGAGUAAACUUCCAGAAAGCCAGCAUCUCCACUCCCCAUUCUGAGACCUUCAGACUAAGUCUUCAAUAGCCUGCAAUUGUCUCGUCUUCAGCCAUUACAAAGUUUCACUAGUCAACUAGUGCUCUUCUAGAUGGGUCACAGGAGUGCCAAAAUUACUGUCCCUAUCCAUACUCUUAUUUUUUUGGUGGGGAAAAAAACCCAAAGCCAUUGCUGUUGGACAAACUUCAAUCAAGACUUGCCUGAAGGCACAGAACCGCUACGAUGAAGCCCAAACCCAGCCAACUCCCAAACCCAAAGCAGCUCUAAUGCAGUAAUGGUUAACCUUUUUGGUGCCAUGCCCAAAGCACAUGCGCACACACAUGAAUGCACGUGCGUGUGCCACAAUCCCCAAAAUGCAAUGUGAGUGCUCCCCAUGCAUGUGCCCCCCCUGCGCAUGCACCCUCAUUUUGGCUUCCAGAUUUGUGCAGGAGGUUUUUCAGGCCCAAAACGGGGCACGGGAGGGGCUUGCGAUCUCCAAAGUUUCUCCUGCCAUUGUGUCCUAGCUUUCUCCUGCAUUCCUGCCUUCCACAAUCUCCAGUUUCUCCCCCCAUUGAGUCCUAGCUUUUUCCUGCCUUCUAUGCCUUCUCCGAUCUUUGCAGUUUCUACCCCCAUCGCUUCCUAGCUUUCGCCUGCAUUCCUGCCAUGGAGAGGCACCUGCGGAGAAUGGAACCUGCGAAGAACAGGGAAGGCUCUGCCCCCGUACAUGCACGGCAGAGACCCAAAGACCAGCUGGCUGAGAGGAGGUGCGCGCAUGUGCGGUGGAGCUGGGCUGGGGCGAUGGCUGUCGUGCCUGCAGAAAGGGCUCUGUGUGCCACCUGUGGCACGCAUGUGAUUUGAGAUUUUAGGCAGUUGAAUGAACUUUAGUACAGAAUCCGCUGCACUUCAGGAGCAGUACCAAAGUUAUGACAGUGUAAGAAACAAAAGAAGUACUCACUACAAAGCAUCAAGGAGGAAGACUUUCCUAGGUCUAGAAUUUUUUCCUCUCGUGGACUGGAUUGGGAAUGGGAAUAUUGGCAGUAACAAACAUUUUUUUAGAAUGAGAAUUUAGGAUUUGAGAAAAAGCCCAAGUCUCUUUUAAUUUUGUCUUUAUACCAUAAACAUAUUUUUUUUAAAAAAACAUCCUAAAUUCCUAUCAUCUGUAUUAUACAGAAUGGGGAAUGAAUUAUAGAAUACAAUAUUAACUCAUUUUAGUAUAUGAAUACAUUAUUAAUUAAUUUUACUGUACACUGUGUUCAGAAUUCUCUAAAGCCAUAUUAGGGUUUCCAUAGUAUCAAAAAUUAAAAAGGUGACAGGUAGGUUUCUUGACAUACAACCCACAAAAUAUUCUUCAGGCAUAAGUUCUGUCAAGCUUUGCCAUCACUUACUAUUUUUUUACUUUUCUGAAGCUUGAACAGAAAAAAACUGUUCUAUAGUGAGAUACUUUAUCAAUAAUAUACAGGGAAUUAUUCCUUACUUCCCUACCUUCUAAAUAUGAAGUAAAUAUUCUCUUAAAAUCCAAGUGACACCACAUGUACAUACAUUCUAAUACAGACAAACAUAUACACAAACAAAAUGGCUACCUUUUUUUCUUAGCAAAAAAAUAAAAAAAUUUAUUGUCUUCUAGAAAAUCCAUCCUGCCUUUGGAAGUUGUGAC